CAUAUGAAACUAGUGAUCUAGUCUCAUACAAACAUUCCGUUUUCUCUUACCCAGGACAACAGAAAGGCAAAAAAGGAAAGAAAUGGCGUUGCCGCUACCAUGGAAGGCGGUGUUUACAUCCCUGCCAGUAUGGGCCAUAAUCGUGGUCCACUUUGGCAUCAACUGGUGCUUCUACACUCUUCUCACUGAGCUUCCUACCUACCUAGACAAAAUCCAACACUUCAACUUAAAGAACAAUGGACUGUUGUCUGCUCUUCCUUAUCUGAUUACGUGGAUCUUCAGCCUGGUGUAUUGCAGCAUUGUUGACAGGCUCCUCGCUGCUGGCAAGGUCUCUAACCUGGCCGUCAGAAGGAUCUCCAUGAUUAUCGGUGCAUUUGGGCCAGCGUUUGGUCUCAUUGCCAUGUGUUUCGUCAACUGCGACAAGAGUCUGGCUAUGGGAGUGUUGUGUGUGGCAGUCGGACUCAAUGGGGCCGUCUACAGUGGCUAUAUAUCCUCCCUUCAGGACCUCUCCCCUAACUUUGCAGGUUCCCUCUUGGGCCUCAGCAACACAGUGGCAACUAUACCUGGAUUCGUCGCACCAGUGGUCACCGGCAGCAUUACUGAUGGCAACGAAACAGUGAGUGCAUGGAGGACCGUCUUCCUCAUCUCAUUAGGAACGUAUCUGGUCACUAACAUCUUCUAUGUGGUCUUCAUCUCCGCUGACAUCCAGCCUUGGAAUGAGCAACACCCCAAAAACGUCCCGGACCAGAAUUACAAACCCCCUAGUGUGGUUCUGGAACAGGAGGAGGAAGGUGACACCAAAGAGAGAUACUGACCGUCAGUGGAACCUUCCUAAGAUGAUGUACAGAUCUUCGUUUCAACUCAUCAGUAAGAUGUAGUGACAAUGGCAAGACAAGGUUUUCUACACUUCUGCAAUAAUCAUUAAAUAUGCAUAAGUUAUCGUAUUUUGCUCAGCAAAAGGCACAUGUUAAACUGUCACUGCUGAGAAUCUGUGAGUUGGAGAGACAGAGCAAUUUCCAAACAGUGGUAUUGCUUUAUUUUAUAGAGAUGAUAUAUACAAGGUAUAAGGAAGCAAUGGUAACACGCAUGCCCAUCGUACACAAUUGAAUAAGUAAAUAG